AUGUCCACCUUGGUCAACGCAUUGGGAUUCUUCACUUCCUCGACGCCAGCCGCUGCGGCGACAAAAGAUGUCCGUAGCAAGGAAGAGAUUCUCAAAAAAAGAAAGGAUACCAUCGGAUCAAAAUGCCAAAUCUUCUACUCGGACGAUCCGUUCAUGGUAUCCCGUGCCUCGAUGCAAUAUCUCUACGAUGAAAAGGGCAACAAGUUCUUGGAUUGCAUCAGCAACGUCCAGCAUGUCGGUCAUUGCCAUCCAAAAGUCGUCGAUGCAAUCACCAAACAGUUGUCAACUUCCACUUGUAAUGUUCGUUUUGUGUCAACUCAAUUGACGGAUUGUGCCGAGCAGAUUCUCUCGACACUGCCUGGUUUGGACACUGUCUUGUUCUGUAAUUCUGGAUCAGAGGCCAACGAUUUGGCACUCCGUUUGGCUAGAGACUACACAAAACACAAGGAUGCGAUUGUUAUUGAACACGCCUACCAUGGCCACGUCACCACUACCAUGGAACUCUCCCCCUACAAAUUCGACCAUGGCUCCACCGUCUCCCAACCAGAAUGGGUGCACGUCGCCCCGUGCCCAGACGUAUUCCGUGGAAAACAUCGUCUUGCUGACAACGAGUUGACUGAUGAGGAGAAGUUGUACGCCGCCGGAAAACAAUAUUCAGAUGACGUCAAGAAUAUUCUGGACGACGUGGAAUCUCGUGAACGUGGAGUGGCCGCCUACUUCGCAGAAGCACUUCAGUCGUGUGGUGGACAAGUGAUUCCACCGAAAGAUUACUUUAAAGAUGUGGCAUCUCACGUUAGAAAACAUGGAGGACUGAUGGUCAUUGAUGAAGUACAAACUGGAUUCGGAAGAAUUGGAAGAAAGUAUUGGGCUCAUCAGUUGUAUGAUGAUGGAUUCAUUCCGGAUAUUGUCACUAUGGGAAAGCCAAUGGGAAAUGGAUUCCCGGUGUCGGCGGUGGCGACGAGAAAGGAGAUUGCUGAUGCUCUCGGUGGAGAGGUUGGCUAUUUUAAUACGUACGGUGGUAACCCAGUGGCCUGUGCCGCUGUAAUCUCGGUGAUGAAAAUUGUGAAGGAUGAGAAUCUUCUGGAACACAGUCAGGCAAUGGGAGAGAAAUUGGAGGUCGCCCUGAGGGAUCUUCAGAAGAAACACGAGUGUAUUGGAGAUAUUAGAGGAGUCGGCCUAUUCUGGGGAAUCGAUUUGGUCAAAGACCGUCAAACCCGUGAACCCGACCAAAAACUCGCCAUCGCAACCAUCCUCGCCCUCCGUAAAUCCUUUGGAAUCCUUCUGAACGCCGACGGUCCGUACACGAAUAUUCUGAAAAUCAAGCCACCACUCUGCUUCAAUUCUGAUAAUAUUAUGGAGACUGUGACCGCUUUGGAUCAAGUUCUCACUCUUAUGAAUCGAUAG